GUGGAGGUCGGCGCAAGGUGUUGGGCGGCCGCGGAGGGCUGGCGGUCCGUUCCUGUCCCCGCGUACAGCCUGAGGAGCCGCCGGCGAGAUGGGUUACGGUGAAUAUCCUGCUGCUUACAACCCCAAGGUGCACGGCCCCUACGAUCCCGCCAGAUACUAUGGCAAGGCCGAUAUUCCAUUGGGAGAGGUGAAGCUUGGAGAACUUGGUGCCUGGAUGGGCCGUCGCAGCGUGACAGGCAUCCCAGGGGCUAUCUCUCGAGCCUUUUGGAGGUGGCAACACAAGUACAUGCUGCCCAAGAAGACUGGUUUUGCACCAUUUGCACAGCUUUGUGUGGGCUCCAUGGUCUUCUUCUAUGCUAUAAACUACGGCAAGAUGGUUCAUCACAGGAAUCACAAGUACCACUGGUAAAGACUGAAACUACCUCUGAGACUGGAAGCAUUGAGAACAGCAGAGACUUGCAAGAGCUGACUUGAUGUUUAAAGUGUAGAUCAAGAUAAUGGGAAUUAAGGGAGUGAUGCAGAGGAAGUUUUGGCAUGUCUGUAUAAAAUUGUAUAUGAAGUUAUGGUAACUUUAAAUAAAAUAUAUUCAAAAG